AUGGACCAAGGGAAGUUUUCCGGCUUAACAAUGUUAGAUCUACGUAAAGCAUUUGAUCUUGUUGACCAUUCAUUACUGCUCCAGAAAUUGCACUUGUAUGGUUUGGAUGAUCAAGCAUUGUCUUGGUUUACUUCUUACCUCAAAGACAGAGAAUUUCAAGUGAAAAUCGAAAAUGAGCUUUCUUCUAAAGCAUCCAUUAAAUCAGGUGUACCGCAAGGGUCAAUUCUAGGGCCCUUGUUAUUUAUUAUCCAUAUGAAUAACCUUCCCUUACAUCUGAAUGACACCCAAAUAGAUAUGUUUGCAGAUGAUUCUACUCAGUAUGUAUCUGGUUGUUCAGUCCAGAGUGUACAAGAACAACUCAGUACCGAAAUGUUACCAAUUAUACAAUGGACCGAAACGAAUAAAAUGGUUCUCAACGAACAGAAAACUAAGGCAAUGUUUAUUGCAUCAACCAGGAAAGUGUCUGAGAUCCCACAGGAUUUAAACAUCACUAUAAAUGAUUUCCAAAUUGAAACUGUGCUUGAUGGAAGAUUACUUGGUAUUCAGUUUGAUCAAACUUUGAGCUGGUCUGUGCAUAUCGAUCUGUUGUGUAAAAAGAUAUCUCAAAGAUUAGGAAUAUUACGACGAAUACGUCACCAUCUGCCACUAAACGCUCGUAAAGCCUUCUACCGAUGUUUAAUUCUCUCCUUGAUGGAUUACUGUUGUGUGAUUUGGGGGAAUACAUCUACCCAAAACUUGGACAGACUUCAUCGGCUUCAAAAGAGAGCUGCCAGACUGAUUUUAGAUCGUGAUCAUAAGGCACCUUCACUGCCUUUAUUUUUGGAACUUGGAUGGCUCCCAGUUCACGAGAGAAUACGAUAUUUUCGUGCCAGUACAGUUUAUAAAGCGUUAAAUAAUCUAUCGGCCAAGUUAUAUCACUAGUUUACAAAAUUUUACCUUUUAGCAAAGUACAUAAUGUAAAUACUCGUGGCUCCACAAAUAACAACUUGAAGCUUCCAAAAGUAAACACUAAUGCUGGUAAACGUACUUUUGCCUUCUUGGCAGCUAAUGAGUGGAAUCUAUUACCUGAUAGGGUGAGAUGCUCAACAUCAUUUUCCUCAUUUCGUAAAAACUACUUAAAUUUGGCCUUUUCCAAACUCAAGGAUAAUAUCUGACUUGUGUUUAUAACAAUUUACGAUCAUUUUUAACCCUAUGUAUAUAUUUUUAGACUUAGUAACUCUUUAUAUUGGUAUUUAUAGUCUUAGUAUUAAUAGACAGUAUAUUAGCCUAGAUGAAAAUUACUUCGUGUAACUCUAGUCACCCUGUUUAAAUAAAGUGUUUAUUAUUAUUAUUAUUAUUAUUAUUAUUAAAACUUUCUCCUAAUCAAUCAAUCAACGAACUGUGGAAAUCUACUAAUACUCAUACUAAUAUCCAAUACGACUUUUAUAACUCAACCAAAGAAGUGCUUAAAGACUUUCGGUCUGAACAUGAAGAUAAACUCCAAAAUCAAUUAACUUGUCAGGGAUCCUUUUUCUCUAGUGUAACAAAGUUCUCCUUGUCGCAUCUUAGCAAAGUGUGGUCUACUGCUCAAUCAAAACUUCCGAAAAACAUUUAUAACUUUACCAUACGCUAUAUCAAUAACUCUCUUCCGACACGCAAGAACCUUAGCAGAUGGGGAUUGUCUUCAAGUUCAGAAUGCUCCUUUUGUCUUGGCCCAGAAUCAUUAUUGCACGUGGUCGCUGGAUGUCAGUGUUAUCUCGAUCGAUUUACGUGGAGGCACAAUUCAAUCCUGAACUUCCUUGCCAAACCUUGCAAACUGUGAACGGUUCUGCCCUCUACGCUGAUGUGCCUGGAUUCAAAAGUCCGUCAAUAAUAACUGGUGAUACGUAUCGCCCGGAUUUGUUGCUAUCGUUAUCAAAUUGCUCUCUUUAUGCAUGUGGUCGAGCUCACUGUUGGCUAUGAGACAAACCUCGAGAACAACGUUAAUCGGAAAAAAGCCAAAUAUAAAGAAUUAGUAAAACAACUAGACGAAAUUUUUGACGAAGUAAACUUUAUAAAUCUUUCCAUGAGCUCCCUAGGUAUUUUUGCGCAAGAAUGCUCUACAUUCUUAGAAAUGUUAGGAAAUGUUGGUCUGGACAAAAACUACCAAACGUACUGUGUUAGGAAAAUGAUGACUAUUGCCAUUCGAAGUACAUACUAUAUUUUCUGCUGUCGAAAUAAGGAAUGGGAAAGUCCGGACUUGUUAACUAUUUGAAAUAUCUGAUUGUCUUGUAUAUUUACAUAUUUUCAUGUAUUCUGUCUUGUCAUUUUUAUGAGUUCAUAUAGUUGUGAUUCAAAUAGCCAAUUGUAAGUUACCUUAAAUUAGUGAGAUUUACAAUUGUAUAUAUAUAUAGUAUAUAACAAAAUUAUUAAAGUUUCCAUUAUUAUUAUUAUUAUUAUUAUUAUUACGAUCUAAAUGAAUUCAAAAGCCCUUCAAUACUUACUGGUGAUACGUAUCGCCCAGAUUUGUUAUUAUCGUGCUCAAAUGGUUCCUUAUAUGUGGUUGAACUCACCACUGGUUAUGAGACAAACCUCAAAAACAACGUAAAACGGAAGAAGGAUAAAUAUAGAGAAUUAUUGAGACAGCUAGGUAAAAAUUUUAACUAAGUUAAAUUUAUAAAUCUCUCCAUCAGCUCUUUAGGUAUUUUUGCAGAAGAAUGUUAUACAUUUUUAGACAUGUUAGAAAGCAUUGGUCUUGACAAAAACCACCAAAUGUACUGCGUUAGGAAAAUGAUUACUAUAUAUUGCUAUUAGAACUACAUAUUACAUUUUUUGCUGCCGAAAUAAGGAAUGGGAAAAUCCGGAUUUACUAACAAUUUGACUUAUCUCAUUGUAUAUAUAUAUUGCAUGCACUUUGUUCUGUUAUUUUAGUUUAGUAUGAUUGUGAUUCAAAUAGCCAACCGUAAGUUACCUUUAUGAGAGAGAUUUACGAUUGUAUAUGUAUGUAAAGAAAAACAUUUAAUAAAGUUUCCAUUAUUAUUAUUAUUAAUAAUUCUAGAAUCUGUCCCGCUCAAAGUUUUUACGUCGUGUCUUCGCAACAAAAUUUUCGCUUUCCUACCUGAAAACAAUUACAUAGAACAUGACAUCCAGAAAGGUUUGACCCCAAACGUUGCAGGAACUGUUGAACAUACAGGCCAUAUGGCGCACAUAAUCAACACAGCCCGUAUAAAACAAAGGUCACUUGUAAUCACUUUACUCGAUCUGAAGAAUGCAUUCGGUGAACUACAUCACAACCUUAUUUACAAAGUUCUUCAAUAUCAUCAUAUACCCGAUCCUAUAAAUGAACUAAUCCGGAGUCUUUAUACUAACUUCCAAACACCUAUUAUAACUGAAAAAUUCAGUACCCCUUUCAUUACCGUCGGCCGUGGCGUUUUACAAGGUGACUGCCUUAGUCCACUCCUUUUCAAUAUGUCCUUUAAUACCUUCGUACAACACAUCAAGUCUGAAUCAUUCUUGCAGCUUGGUUUAUGGAAAUUUAAUAAAACUGGUGUUCCGUGUAAUCCAAUUCAUUGGUUCCAGUUUGCAGACGCCGCCGCUGUCAUUAGUAGCCAAGAAAAAGAAAAUCAAAUCCUACUCAAUCGCUUCUCG